CACCAAUCUGGAGAAGCAGCGCAGUAUGUAACGCGGCGUGCAGCUCUGCGUAAGUUACAGUUGUCUUUAAAUGAUUUCCGUCGACUUUGUAUCAUAAAAGGUGUUUAUCCACGUGAUCCGAAGCAUCGUAGACGUGCUCAAAAAGGGUCUUCUGAAAUUAAAAUUUUAUAUCACGCAAAGGACAUACGUUUUUUAUUGCAUGAACCGAUUGUGUGGACACUUCGAGAUUACAAAAUAUUUGCAAAGAAGACUGGACGAGAUCGUGCUGUAAAAGAUUUUCGUAAUUUGAAGCGACGCCUAGCUCUAUUUCCUGAACUACGGAUAGAUCAUAUCGUAAAAGAGCGUUAUCCAACGUUUAUCGAUGCAAUUAAGGAUCUUGAUGAUUGUUUGACUCUACUCUUCCUCUUCAGUACUUUUCCCUCGUUGCGUCUAAUACCCCGCGAGCAAUCGGUCUUAUGUCGACGACUUACCAUAGAAUUUUUGCAUUAUGUUAUUAACACUAGAUCUCUUCGUAAGGUUUUUAUUUCUAUUAAAGGAUUCUAUUUUCAAGCUGAAAUUAAAGGGCAAAAAGUGACCUGGAUAAUGCCCCAUCAUUACCCUUUUAAACCACAUUCCAAAGCAGAUGUCGACUUUAAAGUGAUGUCAAUUUUUGUUGAGUUCUACACCAUUAUGCUUGGAUUUGUUAACUAUCGCCUAUAUCAUAGUGCCGGAUACACAUAUCCACCAAAAUUAUGUAGCGAGGUGCUUGAGAAUAAUUUUAAGGAUGAGGUAUCAUAUGUGUCAGAUCGCAUAGCUGCGUUGAACGAUGAUUCGGUUUCUAUAGAUAAAGAACAAAAUGAAGAUAUCGAAGAGAUAGAUUUAGAUUUGCUAGAGCCCGGCCAAAGCUCCUGUCGCUUAAUGAAACUCAAAAACAUCGCCCAAGAACUAAAAUGCUUGCGUAUACUUUUUAAGGGCCUAAAGUUCUUUAUUAAUAGGGAAGUUCCCCGCGAACCUCUGGUAAUAUUAAUUCGUUCAUUUGGUGGUAAGGUGUCGUGGGACCCAGCCAUCUUUGUUGGGGCUACCUUCGAUGAAUGUGACGAAACAAUUACGCAUCAAAUUGUGGAUAGACCUUAUUUAAGUUGCAAGUAUAUAUCACGUGAUUAUAUUCAACCUCAGUGGGUCUUUGACUGUGUGAAUCAGCGAAUGCUACUUCCAACUAACCUAUAUUUUGCGGGCGUUAACCUCCCGCCACAUUUGUCACCAUUUGUUGCCGUUACCCGUGACUCGUAUAUUCCACCGGAAGAAGGAUCCCCAAUUACUAAUGUGAAUAAAGUCGAGAAGGAAAAACAUAACCACAUAAAGAAAAGCAUGAACUUUUCUCUCAUGAAUGAUGAGGAAUUACAAUCCGCUUACUCAGAAGAAAAGGCUGUUACAAAGCAAUAUGAUCAAAUGGAUAAACGUGGUGGCAAAGCGUAUUAUAGGCAUUCAGAAACUGAAUGGGGAAAAUACCAGUCUAAAGAAAAAACCAUGAGUGUUCAACCAGGAAAAGUGCACCAAGACAAAAGAAGUGACAACCGCAAAAAUGAGGUGGAUGAGCAUCGCCUACAAGCGCGGAUGGUAAAGUCCCGUCAUCGGGACCUAUUUCGCAAACUAAUACGGAAGAAAAGAGUUGCGGAAAAGGAACAAUGGCUUUUGCGAAAAAAACGAAGAGUGAUCGAUUCUAAAUUAGUUGCCGAUUCAGAAUAACAUGUCUAUUGCUUUGACAAUAAAGUUAAAAUACUAGUGUAAUAAUAACACUGUGCAACGA